ACAGGUCCUGCGCGCGCACGCACGCAUCAGCACUUCUCUCUCCAGCUCAAGUAACACAGACAAACGCGUCGCCUCUGUGAAGGCAUCAACACAAAGCGAGAAAUGGCUACAGAAACUUUCGACAAGCAGAAGACUAUUGAUCUGCGCAAGAAACACGUCGGUCCGUCGUGUAAAGUGUUCUUCAGCCAUGACCCUAUCAAAAUCGUGCGAGCAAGAGGCCAGUACAUGUACAAUGAGAAAGACGAAAGAUAUCUGGAUUGCAUAAACAAUGUUGCGCAUGUGGGUCAUUGCCAUCCGGACGUGGUGAAAGCAGGAGCCAAUCAAAUGGAGCUUCUCAACACCAACUCUCGCUUCCUUCACGACAACCUGGUCUUGUACGCUCAGCGUCUCCAAGCCACCCUCCCUGAAAAGCUUUCCGUCUGCUACUUUGUUAACUCGGGGUCAGAGGCAAAUGAUCUAGCACUGAGGAUGGCCUGGCAGUACACCGGCCACAAAGACAUCAUUACACUGGAGAAUGCUUAUCACGGUCACGUGUCAUCGCUCAUUGAUAUCAGUCCGUAUAAGUUUCAUCAGAUGGUCGGUGCCAAGCAGAGCCAGCAUGUGCACGUGGCUCUCAGUCCAGACAUCUACAGAGGCAAAUAUCGUGAAGACCACCCGGACCCUGCCACUGCCUAUGCUGAUAAUGUCAAAGACAUUAUUGAAGAUGCCCACGGCAAGGGACGGACGAUUGCUGCUUUUAUCGCGGAGUCGCUGCAGAGUUGCGGAGGACAGGUCAUUCCUCCGGUCGGCUACUUCCAGAAAGUGGCACAGCAUGUGAGACAAGCAGGAGGCAUUUUCAUUGCCGAUGAGGUUCAGGUGGGCUUUGGUAGGGUGGGUUCGCACUUCUGGGGCUUCCAACUACAGGGAGAAGAUUUUGUACCGGAUAUCGUUACUAUGGGCAAACCCAUUGGAAAUGGCCAUCCAAUGUCAUGUGUCAUCACCAGCAGAGAGAUCGCAGAGGGCUUCAUGUCAUCAGGAAUGGAAUACUUCAACACGUUUGGUGGUAACCCAGUAUCAUGUGCCAUCGGACUGGCUGUGCUGGAUGUCAUUGAGAAGGAGGACCUCCAAGGAAACGCCCUGAAAACUGGAGGCUACCUGACUCAGCUUUUAGAAAAUCUCAAAGAAAGACAUCCUUUAGUGGGUGAUGUGAGGGGCCGUGGACUUUUUGUUGGGGUGGAACUGGUGAAAGACCAGAAGAAGCGAACACCUGCUACAGCCGAAGCCCAGGAUGUUAUUUAUAGACUGAAAGAGCAACGGAUCUUGCUAAGCGCCGACGGUCCACACCGCAACGUUCUGAAGUUCAAACCUCCCAUGUGCUUCUCUGAAGAGGACGCUGAACUCGCCGUUGAGAAGAUCGACCAGAUUCUGACGGACUUAGAAAGGGCACUGAACCUCUCCAUGCCUGAAUCGACCAUCUCAGAGAACGGACAUUGUAAGAGAAAGGAACCCAGUGAGGAAAACAACCAUGUUCAUACUUCAAACGGCAGCAGCCAUACGCAGACCAACACACAUCCACACAUCAACAAAAACAAGAGAAUAAGAACUUAACGCACCACACACAGAUACAACAUCUGAACUUCUUUUAACUACACACUAUGUAAUUGUGUCCAUGAUUUGUAACAUUUUUCCAUGUUUUAAUGGAUCUGUAUGACCAUUGUAAGUUUACCUUGCCAUAUAUAUAUAUUUUAGUUGGUGCCGGUCAGAGCUGCAUCUGCAUUUUGGCUUUUAUGAUAUUUUAAACGAUCUAAAUGAAAUAGAACUACCCAAUUUUAGCAAUAAAGACUUUUACACAUC